AGGUUGUACACCCACAUGCUCAUUGAUGAAAGCUUUCCCCAGUCACUGGAGUUCAUUGAUACUUAAUCUGUUCAAAUAGUUUAAGCUUUGAGAUGGCUUCAACACAACCAACGCUCAAUGAUUACUUCAAAUCUAAACGUACCUCUCAAAGCCAGCUAAAAUCAAAGAUAGGAAUAGAAAAUGGUGUUACAAACAAAAAAUUGUUAGAGAAUUCUAAAUUGGGUUCUUCAAUCAUACCCAUAAAUGGACAAAAAUCUAUAGUGUCAGAUGUGGCUGUGAUUACACUCCCUGAAACUCAGAAACCUAAACUUUCCAGAAAAAGUAAAACUAUUGUUCGAACUAAAACCAAUUUGAAACCCAAUUCAAGUUUAGAAGAUGUCUUGCAGAAAGCUGCUCAAAAUAAGUCAGAGCAGCAAAUGGUUACUAGUGGUACUUGUACAAGCAAGAGGCUCAGAACUUCUGAUGAAGAUGGGAAUGAAGUCAUUUCUGCAGAACUCUCUCCUGCAGCUGAGAAUGAAGACAACAUUCAAACUCCUACAAAACAGGUUAAUGUGGAGGCUUCUGAAUGGCAGCAGCGCAAGAGACACAAGCCUGACUUUGUGGCAAGUGAUGUGGUCACUCCAGAGACCAGCAAAUCUGAUCCCAUGCCUACAUGUACUACUCGAGGCUCUGCACGCAAGAAGUUGGUAAUGGAAGAAACCAAAGAAGCUUCUAUCAAGGAAAAUGGGCCUGCCACUGGCAAUAACCUUCAUCUAAGCAAGUGCAAGAAACUCUCCGAGUUACGGGCACAGUUACUGAAGGUCCGACAGUGUGAGCGCCAACUAGAACAGUUCCGUAGCGGCGUCAUAGAGCCGGCCCAGCUGGAGGCGCAGCAGGCUGCUGCCUUGAUUGCCAAGCAAAAGGGAUUGCCUUCUUCACCAAGCAAAACAGGGUCUCCCCUGAAGAUGGCGUCACCGAGGAAGCUCUUCUCACCGCACAAGGAGCUCGCGUUGCCCUACAAGGCGGCACCUUCCCCCCGACGUCGGCCUGUCAAUCCUCUACUUGAGCACUUCUCAUCAGCCCUGGAGGUCGAGGUUCCUCUCAGCCCAGUGAAGACACCUUGCAAGAGUCCCGGCAAAGAGCUGGGAGCGGUCCCGGCCUAUGAACGCUUCCACCAUCUUGUGCAGUCGCCUGCUGCUGCUCCCACUGCCACCACUUCGCCCAGCUCGGAGCUUGGCCUGCCGUACCACUACAGACUGCUGCGCGAGAUGUUCCGCGCUGUUGACACAGUCGUGUCACUCAUGCAUAACAGGCACGAGGUCAUCACUUUCAGUAAACUCAAGCCUGCAGUGCAGCAAAUGAUUAGGAGGACAUUCCAGGAGCGCAACCUAGGCCAAGUGUCUCGAGUGUUCCCUCUUGCAUACAUAUUCAGGCAAGACAAAGUGCGGCCCGGACCAAGCAUCACCCAGGAAAACAACUCUGGAUACCAGCUCACAAUCACGGCUAACCUCGACUACAAAAAUCAACACAAUUCCAAUUCUGCUGUCACAUCACAAAAUCAGGAUCCUCCUGUUGCCCGCAUGAACCUCAUGACCAAGUUUGACUCGCCUGCAAGCAGCAGCAGCCGCAGCUUGUUCAAAGAAGAGCCUCUGAGCAACUCUGGAACAAAUGGCAAGGAUCCCACAUUUCGGAAAAUGGAUUCUUUGGUGCUGGUGGAGCGCCGUGCGUUCUUCCAUGAGGCGCUCAUCAAGAUCGUGCAUCGUCAUCACGUCGAGUUUCUCAAGAGCCUUGAACCAAGCGUCGAAGUGACAGACGUGAGCAGCAUACGGCGCUGGCACCCUCAGUUCUCUUUAGAGGACGUGCCUGACAUAAAACCUGCCCCCCUCCCCCAGCCUCCAACCACCCAGGUGCUCUCCAACGCCACUCACGUCCUUGGUGUUGCCCGGGACCUGUUCAGCAAGAACCCUCGGCUUGAGGCCGCUGUCGAGCGCGCUGCCGAGAAACUCUCAUCCGCAUCUGCUCCUGCAAGUUCAGCCACUCCUGUCAAUGAGUCUAAAGCAAGCCUGCCCGCUGUUAACCCUGACCUGGGGAAGCAACAGAAACCCCAAGGGACGCCCACUCAGAACAAAGACGUAGCUCUGGCGCUGAGAGGAAUCUCGGUUUCUCUUCUGGAGAAGAUCCGCGCACGUGAGGCGGCGGCGGCGACGCGUGCGAUGGUGCGCAGCGCGGGAGACACUCGCUACCUCGAGGUGCUGAGUCGCUUACCGGAGCUCGCGCGUAUCCUGCGGCACACGCUCGUCGCAGAGAAGAAGGCUGCCCUGCACUGGCAGGAUGCUAUAGCCAGACUCAGGGAGAGCCAUUCUGGCAUGCUCACUGUUGGCGAAGUUGAGGAGCACUUGGAGGCUCUGCUGAAGGAAGUUCCUGAGUGGGUGAGCAAGCACAAGCUCAGCUCCGGCGUCUUCCUCAAACUCAACAAGAACAAGGACAUCAAUGUCAUCGUCGACCAAUUAAAUGCCACGCUCAAGCAAAAGAGUUGAUCAACCUAAUCCCUUAAGAACAACAAAGAGCUGAUCAACCUAAUACUUUACGAACAACAAAGAGUUGAUCAACCUAAUUCCCUUACGAACAACAAAGAGCUGAUCAACCUAAUCCCUUACGAACAACAAAGAGUUGCCAACCUAAUCCUUACGUACAACCUAGUGCCUUUUAUAAUUUUUGACAGUGGUGGCUUGCAGUUUCGAGAAGAAUGUCUUCUAAUUUGUGCCAGAAUCAGGAUGAUAGAUUUUUGACAUCCCUGCAUGCGAAAUACUUGAUGUUAAUUUAAUUUCCUACAAAAUAAGAUUUGCUCACAAUUGAUGAACAAUUAUCCCUGCAUGCAAAUAUAAAUUCAAUUUUGGAUUAGUUUUGACGUUGGUUCGUUGAUUCGUCUGAAUGUAUUUUUAUUGUUUGUAUGUAAUCUGUGUGGUAUUCUAAGGACCUGCAUGAUGUUCUAAACUGACGUAGUCUUGUGUCAAGCAUUAACUUAAUUAAAGUCAAUUAAUGACAUUUAGUUUUAGGUUUGGUGAUCUCAACGUACGCCUCACGUCGAAAGCAAGUGAUAGCUCAUUAACGAAAAGGCAGGUUUGUUUUAUCACCCAGAUUUUUCCAUUUAUCUUUGUGUAUUGUAAACAGCAGCAAUAAUUUAUAUCCACUUUUUUAUGCGACAACAGAAAUUAUCUGCCCCAUUGCUUUGAAAGCUAUUUCAUUUACACUGCCAAUAGAGUGAGCUUCAUUAUUCUUGAUUUUGUUUUGUUAAUAAAAUUUUGUUCAUUCAUUUUUAUUUAUUUAUUUUUUUUUUUGUCAAUUCACGACGUCUUAUAAGAAGUCGUGAAUAAGAUUUUUUUUACUAUGAUCGAGUGUUGAGUGUUGAAUUCAUCCAACGGUGAAGAUAGAUCAAUUCAUGGCGAAUUCAUUCAUUAUUUUCCUUAUUCAGAAGCAUUGUUAUAAGCCUUCAUUAGUCGUUAUCAACUUGUAAUUACUGGUAAUUAGUGAAUAAGCAUCGUAGGACUUCAUUAUUGAUAAUAGUAUAGUCCGAACCUUGAUGGUUUGUCUCCUAGAUAUCGAUUUGAAAAAAAAAUUUUAUGUUCUAUUGAUAAGAAAAAAUUACAAGAUUCUGCGCUUGACCUCCAAUGAGGCUCGUGUAGCCGUCAUGCUGCUUCACGAAAUUGAGCGCUCAUCAUGCCAAGCAAAUCAUAGAGGUUACGAAGAAUUCGAAUUACAAACAUAAUUCUGACGGUGAAUCGUACAAGUUAAUGUAGAGUUGAAUCUAUUGUAAUUGAUUUGUCAGUACAUCCAUGCAUGUUUGAGGCUGACACGUAAUUCUAGUUUAUUGAUGAAAUUCAAAAUAAUUUCAAAUAUAGGAAUAUCACUUC